CCAUUUAAUUUUCAAUAUCUAUUACAGAACGAAUAAGUCGAAUGUGACAGAAGAACCAAAGGAGAGAAGAGUACUACUGGAACCCAUAUAUAAUACCAAGAAUGCUCUCUACCAAACCUGGAAGGUUUCUGAGGGCCAGGAGUCAGUAAAGGAUAUGAACGGGAAAAUAAACCAACAGAAACUUGUUGAUAAUCAUAUUGUGAUCAGGUUCGAUGAAGAAGAAGGAGAGAAAGUAGAACCAAACCAGAAACCAUUGACUCAGAUAGUCCCGAAGAACGACGAUUCUUCAGAAAAUCUGAUUCAAAGAUUACCCUGUAUGUUCUGCAAAGCUCACUUUACGUCAUGGAAAAGUGCAAAGAGACAUAUGACACAGUCUCACAAGAAAACUAUCGAGUUUGUCGAUAGCAAACGAGAUGCUGUAUUUAGUAAUUCCUUUAAAGGUCCCAAAGGAGUAUUGCAUGUGGUUGAUAAACUAGGACACUCAGCUAUUCCCCUGAAUCCUGAACCCUCCGUCCUCCCAGAUGGAAAGAUGGAAAACAGCGUGACUCCCGUGAAAUCUGUUAGUGUAGAUAUAAAGAAACUAAACCUUGUCAAAGAAGAUAUCUGUAGACUAGUUGGUACUGACCAGGUGUGCCCGAUGCUUAAAACUAAGAUUGGACCCGGGCUGGACUGGGAUCAGAUAUCUGUCAUGAAGCAUACUAGGGAGUUGGAAAAUAUUCCAGAGGAAGUUGACAGAAAAAUCAUGGAGCACAUUAAUCGACGGCAUCUUCAGUGUAAGAUCUGCUAUAAGCGGUUUAGAGGAACCUUUCUGGCUAAACAGCACGUGGCAACCACACAUCUCAAGCUAUAUAGAUAUAAAUGUUCUGUUUGUGAUUACGGAGCUUGGUCCAAGGAACACGUUCUCUCUCAUGCAAGCAAAAACCACCGAACCAGGAACUCACACGACUUUGCCAUUGAACAAAAUAAAGAGGUUUAUUUCUCAAAAUACUUAGAACCGUCUCAAACUGUAGUUCCCGCCAUUUCAGGAACCUUGCUCAAUCAUAAUUUCGAGGAUUUCAAGAUAGACUCUGCCCUGCCAAAAACCUAUGAAUGUGGGGUUAAUCUUGUGAACGUUGGUGUCCACCACGGUGAUAAGGUAGACAUAGUUCCCGCUAGUCUACUGGCCGGGCUCAAAUCUCAAAAUAGAUGGGAUUCAUCCGAUUCUGAAGUUAGUUUCAACAAGCGAACUGUUGGUAAGCGACUACGUCACUCUAGUGCGGGGUCAGAUGGUGAACUUAGAGCUAAAACAAAUAAAUCUGAUGACACUAAAGGUUAUGAGUCUCCGACUCCUCUCGCAGUAAAAGAGCUUCCAGUGAAAUGAGAUGAUAACAAUCUCUUUAUUCAGUUCAAAGUGAAUUAGAUCAAUGAUUAAUUAUUUAGUUUUUUUCAUGCAAUUUUUGUAUUUUUUUCAGAGAAAUAUUUUUACUUAUUACUAAUAUUUAAUACUCAGAUUUACUCAUAAAAUUCUACUUUAUUAUUAAUUUUAAAUGCAGAUUUUUGUCUUCCUGGUGCUGAUAACUUUAGAAGAUUACUUUAGUAUGCUCUGUAUGUUUAAUAGAACUGUUAAAGGGACUGUUAGCGUAAUUUCAAGUAACUCUCCAGUCUCCAUGCAAGGAUGGCCGAUUUACUACGAUACCCUUGAAACCUUAAUCUAAUCAAACAUAGGGUCGUAUUUCUGACUCAAAAAUUGUUUAUUUCUGUGAAUUUCUUCAUUUUUUCUAAUGAGCAAGAAAUUCGCAAGUCACUUUCGCGCAGAGACACCGCAAAUGAAAAUAAACAGUUUAAAGAAACAAAAAACUUGGGUAUCUAAUUAACAUUUUAUCAGACAGCGCUUUUAAAGGUACAGUUGUGAAUUGGGCAUUGCCAUCUUUAUUAGAAGGGUCGCUUGAAAUUACGCUUACAGUCCCUUGUGUCUCUUUAAGUGUAAGAAACUUAUUUGAGGGUCAUUAAGAUUAUGUUGUCAAAAUAAAGUUGAUGUUCGCCCAACUGAACUUCAGUUUGAGGUCGGAACUACUGUAUUGUUAAUGCACUCAGAAACCACUAAUUGCUAUCUUCUGUAGUCUGA